AAAUAAUAAACCCCACACGAUUUAAUCGUGGAAAGAAAAAAUAAACCCUAAAAGAGGAAAUUACAGAAUUGGUCUGAGAUGGACGGUAGUCGUCGUUUCACACUCUCCGUCCGUCCACCAUUCUCCUCUCCUCUCCUCUAAAAAGCAAUGCCCUUUUAACCUCCAUCAAUGGCUACAUGAAAAGUCCAUUUCUUUUUUAUUAUUAAAAAACCAUAAGCUUCUUCCUCACCACUCCUUAUCCCUUUCUCUCUCUGUCGUCUUCCUCUCACCGCCUCUCUCUCCCUCUCGUGAUUCUUUUUGUUUUUAUAUUUAUCCAACAAAACUUUUAUCCUUUUAAGAUACCCUUUUUGCUUCUUUUUUAGAAAGACUAUGGCUUUACUCGUGAGUUUGAUCUUAGGGCUAAUCGCAGGAUGGUUAGCUUUCGUUGUUGGGUUGCUCAUAGGAUGGGCAUGGAGACCCAGAUGGGCUUCUUAUGAUGAUGACAAGGAAAGAGUCAAACUUCGAUGUUCUGCUCCUCGAUCUUUUGAUUUGUCUUUACCAUCUUCUCCUUCUCCUCGCUCCGCAAAUUCUCCUUUGAAGGGUUUUGGUUCUGCUCCUUGCUUGAAAGCUCUUGUUUGCGACACGUGGACUAUGGCUUUGAGACAGCAUAAGACAGUUUCUCCUGUUUCUUCCUCUUCUUCAUCAUGUGAUUCUUCUGAUGGUGUAGAUGUGAUUACUGGAGGGAAGAAAACAGAGGAGAGGUUGCCUAAUACUGUAACCGAGUUAGAUUUGAGACAUCUUGUGCAGUUGGUUGAGAGGAAAGAUGGUGGUCAUGCUUGGAUUCAGAUGAUGGACCGGUUUACUCCUGGUAUGAGAUAUCAAGCUUGGUUAAGAGAACCCAAGAACGGUCCUACUGAGUAUAGAAGCAGAACUGUGUUUGAAGAUGCAACUCCUGAGAUGUUAAGAGAUUUUUUCUGGGAUGAUAAGUUUAGACCAACUUGGGAUACAAUGCUCUCUAGUUCCACUACUGUUGAAGAGUGUACAACUACUGGAACCAUGAUUGUUAGAUGGAUACGCAAGUUCCCCUUCUUCUGCAGUGAUAGAGAGUAUGUGAUUGGUCGCAGGAUUUGGAACUGUGGCAAAUCUUAUUACUGUGUUACAAAGGGAGUAUCAGUUCCUUCUAUACCACGCAACAACAAACAGAAACGUGUGGAAUUGUUCUACUCGAGCUGGUGCAUUCGACCAGUGGAAUCAAGGAGAGAGGAUGGAGUAGCAAGUGCCUGCGAAGUACUUUUGUUUCACCACGAAGACAUGGGGAUCCCUCGAGAAAUCGCAAAGCUGGGAGUGAAACGAGGGAUGUGGGGAGCAGUGAAGAAGAUGGAACCUGGUCUACGCGCUUACCAAGAGCAAAGACUCUCAGGAGGAGAAGGAUCCAAGCUUUCCCGGCCAGCUGUAAUGGCUCAGAUCAACACCAAAGUCACAUCAGAACAUCUCAUCUCCCUCAGCAACGGUGCAUCGCCUGUCACUGAAACUCCCGUUACACAGAACGGAGGAAACGUAGCUGCAAAUUUGAAGAAACUGUUGUUCAUAGGUGGAGCUGUUGCGGUUGUUUGCGCUUUGACCGGAGGAGGAGGAGGUUUUGUUCCUCCUGUUCUUUUAGGGUUUGGGAAGAGGAUUGUUAAUGGUGGAAGAAAACGUGAGCGUCAAGAAACAACAAGUCAGAGUCAAACUACUACUACUACAUAGACUGAAGUUUAGAUGAUUCAAAAUUAGUUUGUAGAAUUGUAAUAAGCUGUUUAAGGAACAGUUUUUAUACAAGUAAUCAAUAAAACCUUAAAAUCUUUUAAUAGUUUAUAUGAUCAUCAUAAAGGAAGAAUUUGUGAACGUGGAGUUUCUGUGAAUGUGAUGUCUAUACAAGAUAAGAUUUGAUUCAGUCUCAUUAUAUUAUUUUUCUUUAGUUACAUGAUUUUUUUCCGAACAAACAAAAACACAAAUAAGAUAUAUCAAUACAACCAGAUCAAUGAAAAACUCUGAACAAUCUCUUAGUAAAGCAUUACUAUUAAACAUCAUAAUAGUAAAAACAAAGGUGGUGAAGUAGACGUAGACAUGAGACAUGAGAGCAAUGCUUAUCUUGUGUUGUUUUAGAUCUUCUUGAGCAACUCAAUAACGUAAACACCAAAAGCGUUGCAGGUAACGUUGAUGCCUUUGAAGCCUGAUGCUUUAGCUAACGCCUCGAACUCUUUCUCGGUCCUUUCUUUGCCACCAGGGUUGUGAGCCAACAUGAUGCAGUCGACAUGGACUACUUGUUUGGUCGACAGGCUUGAGUCUGGUGUCUCUGGUAGUAUACACUCUGCUAAUAUCACUUUUCCAUCCUCUGGAAGCGCCAAGUAGCAGUUCUUCAAGAACUUCACGCAGUGCUCGUCGCUCCAAUCGUGGCAUAUCCACU